GGGUGACUGCCAUGGCGAGGUAGCGGCAACGGGGAGGAGAGAGCCAUGGAGGAGGCGGAGCAACGACGACAAGAAGAGGUGGAGGUUGCCAUGGCGAUUUUCGGGGAUGAAGUAGCCGUUGAGGGAUGGGAGGACGAGGGAUCGCAGCAGAAGUUUCGGCUGACCUUCGACCUGGUCAGCUCAGUCAGCUCCUGCAAGCUCCGCAUCGUCUUCCUCCUCGGCGAGUCUUAUCCCCUGGUAAAGCCUGACUGCGAGCUGAUAGCGACGGGGGUGGACCGAAAGGAGCACGCGGCCCUAAACGAGACGCUUAGGAAGAGCGUCGAUGAGACGGCAGGGAGUGAGUGCAUGGCGGAGGUCAUGCAGAGGAUGAAGGAGGCGCACGACGAGUACCAUGAGCAGGAGAUCAGCUCAACAAACUAUACUCCCCCUCCUCCUCGACCAACCCCUUCUUCUUCCUCCUCUUCUCACCGUGUCUGCGUGUUGAAAGUAGAUCACAUGCGCGAGGAGAGGAGGUACACGCGCACCAUCAGCGGCUGGAUUCUCGAGCUCGGUCUGCAGGGAAAACUCUUCAUGUGGAAGCGUCUCAUCUACCUGGUUGUUAGAGGAGAUGAGGACAGGGUCUCGAGAUACCUCCACUUGCACAGGACCCAGCAGGUGGAUGUGGAUAGUCGCGGUAGACGAUGCAAGGAGCGAAUGCUUCAGGUCAUUCACGACGGGAAGGUGGAGGAGGCCACCGCUCUCACCGCCUCCUUCGAGGUGAUUCGAUGUCAAACUUCCGCUCGGUUAGCACAGGAGCUGGAGCU